AUGGUUUUUGAAGCAACAAUCAGUCGGAUUUUUCCUUCAAUUUUGAUUACAGGUUGUGAUUUCUUGUGUUCGAUAGCAAUCACAAUGAGGCUCAAAAGAGGGAGUAAAGUAGAAGUUAUGAAUAAAAGGGGUGAUCCAGUCACGUGGCGUAUGGCUGAGAUACUAUCUGUCAAUGGCCAUACUUGUGACGUGCAAUAUGAUUGUUAUCCAGGUAAUGCAAAUCAGCCAAUGGUGGAAAGGGUAACAAGGAAGUUUUUGAGGCCAUGCCCUCCUCUCGUGGAAGGUUUGGAGAAUUGCGUAGCCGGAAGCAUUGUGGAGGUGUGCGAUGACCAUUCAUGGAAGAUUGCUGUGAUCUUGAAGGUUUUGAAUGGCAAUAAAUAUUUAGUAAGGCUUCUCGGGUGCUCUCAGGAAUUAAUAAUCAACAGAUCAAAUGCUAGGAUUAUACAAACCUGGCACAAUGAUAAAUGGAUUUUAAUGGAGAAGGGUUCCAGAGGAUGUGAUAUUGGAGUGCGGGAAUCUCAUCUAGUAUCUUUUAGGUCCCUGAAGAGGAUGUCUCCCUACUGCUCAUCUGUUAUUGAAGCAAAUAAUGGACAUGUCCCGAAAAUAAGAGCAAUUGAGAAAGAAGAAAUGAAGAAUAUGGUGGUUGACCCCAUAAUUGAAAAGGGCCGCAGUUGGAGGCAUGCUUCAAUUGCUUCCAAAGGCUUAAUGAUGAUAUAA